ACCAAAUUCCCCAACAAGCUAAACAGACACCGUAGGCGAGGCAGAGAGCGCAGGGCAGAGAGACGGGAGCUGUCACUUCACGAAAUAAACCAGUCCUCUUUUGCAUAGCUCCAUGAACAAACAACAAGCAAGGCUCAGCAAUCAUUCAGGCUACUGUAGAGGUUUUCUUUAUUCUUCUUCAAAGAGACGAAUAGACCCCCUUUUGGAUCCGUUUACUCUUAAAAACCGUCUAUCCAAACAAACACCUGCUUGAGGAGUUCUUUAUGCUCGGAUGAGCCACUUCACCAAGGGACUAUAAUUCCUACUUCAUGUGAACGAAUAGGUGCCGAUGAUAAUAAUGCUUCCUAGCCCUGUUAUUUCUGCCUCCACCACGCCGUUCUCAGUCAAGGACAUACUGAAGCUGGAGCUUCAGCAGCAGUCCCAGCAGCAGCGGCUCGCCUCACACCUUGGGCCGCCCCAUGAGUGCUCUCACCCGGUGUCGCAGCAGCAAUGCUUCGCCCUCCAGUCGCCCCCGUCUUGUAUGCUGGCUGGCAGAAACAGGGACAGUCCCAGCCCCGGGCUCUUGGAGAGAGAGGCGGGGAUGUCCUACCUGGGUAGUCUGGCCGUGCAGGAGCGGCUGAUGGAGACGGGUCUUGCCGGAGAGAUAUUCACUUCCCCGGGGCUACAGGGACACUCAGCCGACACCAGCCUGGAAGUUGAGCAGGAGGACAUAGACACCAAAUCAUGUGGCCUAAUAGGAGCGAGGGACUGCGAGGAGUCCACACAGGUGCACUCGGACUUGGAGAAACCCCCAAAACAGCAAAGGGCCCGGCGGAAACCACGGGUACUCUUUUCCCAGGCGCAGGUGUUCGAGCUCGAGCGGCGCUUCAAGCAGCAGCGUUACCUAUCCGCCCCGGAGAGGGAACAACUGGCCAACACUCUGAAACUGACCUCCACACAGGUAAAAAUAUGGUUCCAGAACAGGAGGUAUAAGUGUAAACGGCAGCGGCAGGACAAGACCCUAGAGAUGGCCGGACACCCACACCAUCCUCCCCCGCCUAGGAGAGUGGCAGUCCCGGUGCUGGUGCGUGAUGGGAAGCCCUGCCUGGCUGGAUCUCAGAACUAUAAUACAUCCUACACUGUUGGAGCGGCCAGCCCCUAUAGUUAUAAUGGCUACCCGGUUUACAAUAACCCGGUGUAUACUAACACUUACUCAUGCACGUACUCUAGCCUGCCUGCUCUAGCGCCCAACACUACUGCUAACGCCUUUAUGAAUAUGGGUCUUGGAAACCUGGGCGUGUCGCAAUCUCAGGCCCAAACACCACAGGGAACAGCCUGCCAAGGAACUCUGCAGGGCAUUCGGGCCUGGUAGCUGAAUGUGUUGAUCUCCAGUUGAAUAACAUUUGCUUUGUUGAUCAAGCGUUGAUGAAGUUGAUAACUAACUUACAGUAUUUUGGGAUAAGUAAAAACCUUUAUGUGUCCCUUGCAGCACAAUAAGGAUUUAUCGUUGAAAGUCGUCAUAUUGAGACACAUUUUGUUCAAAGAGAUUAGAUGUUUCAUCAUCAACGGCAAAAACGUGUUUUUAAAAGUUGGACUAUUCCAAAGUCACUGUUGGAUAUAGAUAUAUACUGUAUAUAUACUGUAUAUAUAUACUAUAUACAGCAUUGUAUACUGCCUAAAUCCCCAUGCGCAAUUUGGGAUAAACUAUUGGGUGCUUAUCACUCAGGAUGUGAAUGGCCUAUGCUGGCAAACAUUAGCAACGAUUAUAUCUGAGCGCUUUACUUAAAAAAUAUGACUUUACAUGUAGCCUACUACAAAUGAAAAAGGGGGCGUUACCAGUGAAAACCUCCUACAUCAUAUCAGGACAUCCCCAAAUAAAAGAUCCAAAAUCCAUGAGGAUUUUGUUUUGUGUAUACUUUUAAAUAAAAAUUUGAGAUGUAUCCUUGUGCACCUGAACAAUGCCUGCUGAUUAUGUUUUGUUGCUGAGGAAAAUAAAUAAUACGUUUUUAAAA